GGUGUAUCCACAGUUAUCGGGCUUCAGACGUGCAAUUAAUCGUCGGUGAUAAAGUUCUGUGAUAAUCUGUAAUGUGGUGUUUUAAAGAAGAGGAUCAUGAACAUCCUUUAUCUGCAGUUUGGAAGCACGAGCUCUGCCAUUACCCACUUAAGAUAUAAAUAUGCUGUGUGAACAAGACUGUAUGUUCUUAUGCGGUCCACGUUCCGCACUGUUCUAUAUAAAUAGUCGGCUUCCAUAUGGAUAAUAUGCAGCCAAUGAGCAGUCGGUGAACUACAACACUGACAAAAACAUAGCGUCCAUAUACUCUGUGCUUGCACAGCCACGGCGAUAAACAUUCACAGGGACAUUACUGGUAACCAAUCAGCAGCCACCAUUUCACGAGUGGGCGGGGCACGCGACUCAUGAAUAUCCAACAAGCGCGCUCGGUGGGCGAGUGGAACAAGGGGUCUGUGUAGUGUUGUUGUAGCGUUCAUAAGCGUUGAUACCGAUAAAACAGGCCUGGUAGCAGCAGUAGUGCUGAAACCAGCUCCGUUUGUUUGUGUUGUUUCCUGCUGGAGGAGGCAGCUCUCGGUAACGUUACCGGUACAACAUCGCCCCGGUCUGCUUGGAGUCUGACGGGAACAAUGCCUGGCAAAGCCGUGGUGACAGUGGCGCUCCAGCCCAGCGGUAACGACGCUACGGCGGCUCCGCAGAAGUCCUUCCCUUUUGUUUUAAAGAAAAUCAUGGACAUUCCGCCUCCUAACAUCCUGGAGGAGGGCGACGACGAAAUAGAGAAGGAGAAGCUGUGCUCAUCUGAGGAUGUGGAGGGAGGCGGGGCCGGGGCAGCCAGUGCUGGUGCAGGUUCUAGAGGAGGAGGCGGAGGUGGCAGUGGAGGGGUAUCAGCCUCCCUGACCCCAGCCAUUUGGGAGAAGACCAUUCCCUAUGAUGGAGAGACCUUCCACUUGGAGUACAUGGACCUGGAUGAGUUCCUCCUGGAGAACGGGAUCCCUGUCACCCUGGAGGAGGAGGAGCUGCAGAAGACUUUCGCAUCAGUGAUGGGCAAAGGCAAAUCCAUCCCCAAGGUUACUGCCACAGCUACUACUACUACUACUACUACUACUCCUGCUGCUGCUGCUGAUGCAGCUUCUGUGUCCGCCUCAGCAUCAUCUCCCUCUGUCUCGGCUACCAAUCCCGAUCCAGAGGAAAUAGUGACUGUCACCACAUUACAACCAGCUAAACUAGAAGACGAAGAAGAAGAGGAGGAGGAGGAGGAGGACGAGGAGGAAGAAGAGGAAGGUGAGGAAGGACAGGAUGAUGAUUCUACCUGUGAGGAGGCAACAGCAGAGGUGGAAGUGAAAAAAAAGAAAACAGAGCGUAACACACCUUCCCCCAUCGACCCAGAAGCCAUUGAGGUGGACAUCAAUUUCCAGCCUGAUCCCACAGACCUGGUCCUGUCCAGUGUGCCGGGGGGAGAGCUGUUCAACCCACGCAAACACAAGUUCUCUGACGAGGAGCUGAAACCACAGCCCAUGAUCAAGAAGGCCAAGAAAGUGUUUGUUCCUGAUGAGCAGAAGGAUGACAAAUACUGGUCCAGGAGAAAGAAGAACAACGUGGCAGCCAAGCGUUCUCGUGACGCGCGGCGGCUGAAGGAGAACCAGAUCACGGUACGCGCCUCCUUCCUGGAGCGGGAAAACGCGGCGCUGCGGCAGCAGGUGUCCGAGCUGCGGAAGGACUGCGGCCGCUGCAAGAACAUCCUUGUCCGGUAUGAGGCUAAGUACGGCCCACUGUAAAGAACUCCAAAUAAAACCCACAAAGUCAAUCUAUGAGUCAGAAACGCAGAAAUCCCUUCCCCGCAGAAUUCAACACAGACACAAACACCAAGGGAAUCCAUUUGCACUGUUGUCUUCGCUGACCUCCAGUCACUGUGUCAAGCUCCGAGUUCUGACGCACACUGGCAGGCUGCAAGGCAUGAUGGGAGCAGUGGUCACAGGAAGGCCUGUGGAGAGCGCCUGGCUCCUACACUCAGAGAGGAAGGGGAUGGUUGUGGAUAUUCCCGUGGUCAAACACACAUGGAAAACAUGGCCCGUCUCAAGACGGUCCCAACAAAGUCAGGAAAUAUGAAAAGAGCAGACGGGUAGAAAAGAAUUGUAGGCUUUUAAAUACUACACAGAUCAGUUUUUUUUUUUUUUAUAUCACUGCACAGCUCUUCUUAGUGGACCAAAGCAUGAGUAAGUUAGAAGUUGUGUAUUUAGAAAGGUGCACACCUGCCGUCCCUCACCUUUCCUUGUAUUGUACUUAUGUUAAUGUCUGUCAUGUCCUUCAAAAAUACUGAGGCCCUGAAGAAGGGUGUUGAUGAACUCGCAGGAGAGGGACAGAUGAGUACAUGAAUAGAGGAGCAGCAGACAGAGUCGCGGUGUUACUUCCAGGCUGAGGAGAAAGGAAGCAAAGCUCUCAGGUCGGCAGAGGAGAAAAGGAUGAGUUCGGGGUGCGAUUCAGUCACAGUUCUUCCUUCUUAUAACCCCCAUGCACGCCUCUGCGCACACAAACGCUGUUUUUUAACAGUUUGUAUAUAUAAAUAGUCAUCUCCAUGCACCACACGGAUAUGUGAGUGUAUCAGUGUCAACUCCAUUUUUGCACUUUUUCUUAAAAAAAAAACCACAGAGUACAGAUUUUAGUGAUGAGAGGACACACACACCAUAGGAGACACAGUAGCUUGUUAGGGGGAAAAAAACCAUGCAUGGCCUACAGUUUAAAGCUACGAAGUUUCCUUUUCUACUAACCUCAGAUCAGCUCCCAGAGCCUCACACAAGAUUGUGUAGAAGAAGACAGAUAUCCUUAACAGUUGAUGAUUUUAUGGCGAGAGAGAGUAGGUUUUUUUUAGGUUUUUUUUAUGUUGGUUGCUGUUGAAGGCUUACGACUGAUGAUCUCCGGGGCCCUCACUGGUGGAGGGGUAUGUUCACUUGUAGGGAUGUUUAUUUUACUGCACACUACAGGUAGAGGGCGCUAGAGCCACUGCCUGCCUGAUCACGGUGUAGUGAUGGCUGGAUUGACUUUUUUUAUUUUAAAUUUUUUAAUUUAGGCAGAAAGUUGACUGCUUAUGUAAAUAAAUGAUUGUCUCUUUAGUUCCUGAGACAGGGAUUCUGACUGUUUCUUUAUUAACCCAAUACUAUUCCUUAUAUUUGCCAAAUAGUCAAUGAGUGCUGUAUUUAUUCUGAUGGUAAUAAUGCAUAUGUUGAUUGUGAUGUACAACAAUAUGUCAGAUAAUUCUAUUUCCUCUAAGGAACAAUACUUCUUAUGAAACCAAUGCAGGGAAUUCAAUGGGUAAACUGUGCUUUUGGAUGUUUGUUUUAAAAACCAGAUUUAUAUAGUUUUAUGGGAUUUUUGUUUUUCUCUAUAAACAUACAAUAUGUGUCUGAACACACAUAGUACAGCGCACACUCUUAUUUACCUCAUCCGACACUUCCUUUUCAUGAAUUGAUAACAGUUUAGGAGGGCUACAAAGUAGUGUUGGUUGAAACAGAGAGCACACGAAAAGCCGCUUAGUUCCAUUUGGCAAAAACAUUGAAUCUGAGUUGAAAACAUUUGAGUUGUUUUUGCCAAAGCGGCCGAGUGUGUGUCUGAAUUAGUAAAUACAUUACAGACUGUUAUGGGACUCUAUAUCUCAAGUGUCUUGGGCUGAUGCAGAUUUUGUGAUCGGUCGGCUUGUGCUCAUUAAUCGCCGUAAUCUUGGAGAGAAAAUAAAUGUGGCAAUAAUACUCUAUGAUGUAAUGCUCGUUUUAUUCCAGUGAUGAUGUUGUAUGUAAAAUUGCUAUGAUGUACUAAAUAGAAAUGCCCCAAAGUCAUUUGUGCUUCCAGUUUAGAUCCUCUGUAGUCCGGGAUCCUAAUGCAUGAAACCCAGUAAACUUGUCUUCUUCUUUUGUUUCUUUUUUUCUUUCAUAUUUUACACCAAGUGUACUUAUGUCUGUAAACCAUCACUGAAAACUUCAUGUGUUUUUGGAUGGGUGGGUCGAUGGCCUAUGGUUCACUUCUGACAAAAAGAAAAAGCAGAACAUUUUUUGCUCUGACGUCCGGUGUUCAUGACUUGCAUAAUAGCGCCUCCUAUCUUUGUGCAGCCAGUGCUUGACCUUGGGGCGAACAUCAGCUGAAAACAGCAUCUUUUGAUCACUGUGUGGAUUGUUUUCUAUUUACUGAAGAUCGAUCUAUAUCUAGAUACACUGGAUCCGACGGUGAUUUUGUGUUUUCUUGAUAAAUUCUGUGUUUGUUUCAAAAUUCCCGAUGCCGUGGUGUAACACACGCAGAGUGUUUUAUUUUGCAUUGACAUUCAAACUUAACAUUGACUGCAUUGUGCUAUACAUAAAUGUAGUUGAUGAUUGCAAAUGUUUGGUUACUUUUUAACUAAAUUAAAAAUGUUCUGGAUAAGGCCGAGUAAAGGUACGGGCCAAGCAAGCCUUUCAGAAGACAACAGAUCAAGAUCGUUUAUAGUACUGCAUACACCAAUGUAGCAUUCUCUCUUUUUUUUGAUGCGUAGCACCUCGUGGAACUGACUUGCAACUUGCAAACCAGCUUAUUUGACAUCUAGCUUGUUGCAAAUUCUCCAGGAAAGGAAAAAAAAUUGUUUUGCAGCUGUUUUGAUCUGCAGAUGUAGAUAUGUUUGUCGCCACCUACAGAUAAAAUAGUAAUAGCUGGUGCAAAAGAGUGGAUUGACCAGCCUUUUGACCAAUAAACGGUAAAAUUGUUUAAAAACCUGCUGUUGGAACACUUUGCUUGCAGGUGGCACAAGCAUAAAAUUGCUUUUCUUUACUUUGGAUGGUGUAAAUUGGCAUCAGUAUCCGAGGGUCUAAACUUCUGUUUUUUAAACCAUUGGCUCUGGCUUUGGGUGCUUCGCAUCACUGACAUUAUGUCCCUGUUUACAAUUCAAAGUAGCUUCAAUACUCCUUGGGAAAAAAAAAAUAUUUCAAAGUCUCUAUUGAAGACAUUUUUAAAGUUUUGUUUGUUUUUGUGGUGUUCUGCUUUGUUUUUCUCUUUUUAUAUAAACAUUUGUUGGGUGUUUUUGUAUUGUCUAACCAUGUAUAGGAUACAUGCAACUGCAGUACCAUGUCCUAACUGUAUCUUGUAUCAUGCAUAUGAAAUAAAUUGGGAUUUAAUGACA